UUUGUAUUCUACGAUUUUACACUAGGGCGGUAGUCGUGAUAAGUUUGUUAGGUGCAAGAGUUCUGCUGCCUGAUCAUAAAAAUGGCGACUCGUCUGCUGAGGAUCAGUUCCGCACUGCGGACAUAUUCUGACAAAACCAGCCUGAUUCAGACUCGAAAGCAAUGGAGAUCUACUGCAGCUUCAUUGAAACAAGCACUCAUCAACCAGCCAGCAACCCGUGUCUCCACUUUGGACAGUGGUCUGCGUGUGGCUAGUGAGGAUAGUGGAUCUCCCACUGCAACUGUUGGUCUUUGGAUUGAUGCUGGUAGCCGAUGUGAAGAUGACAAGAAUAACGGUGUUGCCCACUUUAUGGAACAUAUGGCAUUCAAAGGAACCGCCAAACGUUCCCAAACAGAUCUCGAAUUGGAAAUUGAGAACAUGGGCGCCCAUUUAAAUGCCUAUACAAGUCGCGAACAGACCGUAUUUUAUGCCAAAUGUCUUUCGCAAGACGUUCCCAAAGCUAUCGAAAUCCUUAGCGACAUCAUCCAAAACUCGAAAUUGGGUGAGAGCGAAAUCGAAAGAGAACGCGGUGUGAUUCUAAGGGAAAUGCAAGAAGUAGAAACAAAUCUACAGGAAGUCGUGUUUGAUCAUCUCCAUGCAACUGCAUACCAAGGAACUCCACUAGGAAGAACAAUUCUGGGACCUACUGAAAACAUCAAGUCCAUUUCUAGAGCUGACCUCGUCUCAUACGUAAAGCAUAACUAUGGUCCUCCCAGGUUUGUUUUAGCCGGAGCUGGAGGUGUACAACACUCGCAGCUAGUAGAGUUAGCUGAAAAACACUUUGGUUCAAUGAAGGGACCACAAUAUGAUGAAAUUCCACCUCUGCUAAUCCCCUGCCGUUACACCGGCUCCGAAAUUCGUGUUCGCGACGACACCAUUCCUCUGGCGCACGUUGCCAUCGCCGUAGAAGGUGCCGGUUGGGCUGAUGCGGACAACAUUCCUCUUAUGGUGGCCAAUACUCUAAUGGGUGCUUGGGAUAGGAGCCAAGGUGGUGGCAUGAAUAAUGCCAGCAACUUGGCCAGGGAGUCCGCCCAGAAUGGGCUCUGUCAUAGCUAUCAAAGCUUCAAUACGUGUUACAAGGACACUGGUCUCUGGGGAAUAUAUUUCGUAUGUGACCCUAUGCAAUGCGAAGAUUUCACACGAGAAGUCCAGCAGGAAUGGUUGCGUCUCUGCACAUCUGUUACGGAAAAGGAAGUGUCCCGCGCAAAAAAUAUUCUGAAAACAAAUAUGCUCCUCCAAUUAGAUGGCACAACCGCCAUUUGCGAAGAUAUCGGUCGCCAGAUGCUUUGCUAUAAUCGCCGUAUUCCUCUUCACGAACUCGAAGCUAGGAUAGAUAGCGUAACAGCCAAGAACAUCCAUGACGUUGGCAUGAAAUACAUUUAUGAUCAUUGUCCGGUUGUGGCAGCUGUUGGUCCAGUUGAAAAUCUUCCUGACUAUGUCAACAUUCGCAGUGGAAUGUACUGGAUUAGAGUGUAAUCAUCCCUCAUGCACGAGUCGCCAACGAAAUUCAAAUUUUAGCAAAGAGUGCUGUGAUAAAACUGUAAAGUCAAUUGGCAAUGUUUAUGUUAGUCAUUGGGAUUUGUUCUACGAAAAUGAUAUUCUCUGCAUUGUACUUUUCAUAGUAAAAAGGUGAUAAUGAAGAAAAUGACUUUACAGUUUUAUCCUAUUGCAAAAGUAACAUAGUCCUAUGGUGUAUAUCAUCUGUUGGAAUAAAAUGUAGUUGAAAUACGCCAAUA